AUGCCUCAAUCUACGUCUGGCUCUAAGCCAGAAAAAACCAUGUCGUCACGUUUACUAACUAUGAAGUUCAUGCAACGAGCUGCUGCCACCGCUGCAAGUAAAGAAGUACCCCAAACUUCCGAAGAGUCCACCACUUCAACACCGAAGCGACCGAGACUUUCCAGCGAAGGCGUAUCACAGAGUCCCGGUGCAACACCAUCGUCAGAUUUAGAAGCUAUCUCGGCUGCUCUCGCGGCCGAGGAAGAGAAGCGAAGGGAAGCCAUCGCCAGGCAAGCUGCAGAUGCUGGCGAAACCGAAUGGGUGCUCGACUACUCUGGCGCGGAAGAUACGGGCAAUGAGUACGCAGCACAACCUCUUGUCAUCGCGGCGGACUCUCUGGAUGCGGACGACGACGAUCUAGCCUACGGUGGUCGACAGGCUUAUGGAAACUUCAAGCGCAAAAACAAAGUCGAGCAUUCCGAUGCUAGCGCAGACCCGACAGAUCCUGAACAGAUUAAUUCCAUGAUCAACAAGGCGAAACAAGAGGCCAGACAGAGACCUGUGAAAUUGUCUCAGCUAACAAGUAUAUCUGGAGGUCGUCAUAGCUUUGGUGGGGGUGAGAAAUCGCAGAAGAAGCGCAAGCAUAAAUAA